AUGAAAAGAUCAACCGUGGUGGGUAAGGAGGGCCAUGGUGCAGUCACAGAUGCCAUCAGGACAAGCUAUGGAACAUUCCUGCAGCGAAUGCAGGACCCAAUCAUUGAAGCCAUCGAAAAUCGAUUGGCGAGCUGGACACAGGUUCCUGCAGAGAAUGGAGAAGAUCUGCAGGUGCUGCGGUACGCCAACAACCAGAGCUACGGCGCCCACUCCGAUGUCUUGAGUGAAGAUGCGCCGAGAAUGGCCACAGUGUUGCUGUAUCUAUCAGACGUCGAGUACGGAGGUGAAACGGCGUUCCCAAAGAAUUCAGUGUGGGUGGACCCUGACCUGGAGUUUUCUUAUGGACCCUGGUCGCCCUGUUCCCAGGGCCACGUCGCGGUGAAACCAAAGAAGCGGGAUGCCUUGUUGUUUUUCUCGGUGAAACCAGACGCCACAGUGGAUGCUGCUUCGAUGCACACUGGCUGCCCUGUCGUGACGGGGGUUAAAUGGACGGCCACGAAAUGGAUCCACACGAAGCCAUUCAGGCCUGAAUCAUUCAAGAGACCCAAUCCCGAGAAUCUUCCCCAUGAUCCAGGGUUGUGUGGCGAUCAUCAUCCAUUGUGCAACGACUGGGCUUCCAAUGGCGAGUGUGAGAAGAAUCCAGAAUUCAUGAUUUCGGGUCCCACUAGCCUCGGAGCAUGCCGUGCCAGCUGCCAGGCUUGCGAGGAAUGCACCCACAGGGAAGACGACUGUUACAACAGAAAUCGAGAGAGGGGUGGAUACCUCCUCUGGGAUGGAGACCCCACAGAAUGGAUAUUGGCUCCCUGA